GGCCUUUUGUUAUCGGUCAGAAAAUCAGCUGUUGCAGGAUUAGACAGAACAGCAGCACUGUUUCUAAUCAAGAAGAGUAGAAAAGUGCACCUCAGCAGCAUGGAGUACACGUUCAGAGCAGUGACUCAUAACCCGGGGAUUAUUAUCUGGAGAAUCGAGAAAAUGGAGUUGGUACAAAUCCCUGAGAAGACUCAUGGAAACUUCUACGAGGGUGACUGCUACAUGCUUCUCUCUACACAAAAACUGAACAACUCUCUGAGUUAUGACAUCCACUACUGGAUCGGUGAACAGUCCUCUCAGGAUGAACAGGGUGCCGCUGCUGUUUACACCAUACAACUGGAUGAGUUUCUGGGUUCUACUCCGGUCCAGCAUCGCGAGGUCCAGAACCACGAGUCUGAUGCAUUCAAGGGCUACUUCAAACAAGGAAUAAUCUAUAAGAAAGGUGGAGUUGCAUCAGGUAUGAGACACACUGAAACCAACACUUAUGACAUUAAGAGGCUGCUUCACGUCAAAGGGAAGAAGAGAGUGAUAGCCAAGGAGGUGAAGAUGAGUUGGGACAGCUUCAACCUUGGAGAUGUGUUUUUGUUGGAUAUUGGCAAGACCAUCAUUCAGUGGAAUGGACCAAAGUGUAACAGACAAGAAAAGCUGAAAGGCAUGUUACUGGCUAAAGACAUCCGAGACAGAGAGCGAGGAGGUCGGGCAGAGAUCAGAGUGGUUGAGGGCGAGGCGGAGAGCAACUCUCCAAACAACAUGGAGGUCAUGACCAGUGUUCUUGGUGAACGAACCUCCCAGCUGGUGGAUGGGCCUCCUGAUGAAACCGCAGACCAGGAGCAGAAGGGAAAGCUCACACUUUACCAGGUGUCAGAUGCUGAUGGUCAGAUGAAAGUCACAGAAGUUGCUACCAGACCCCUGGUUCAAGAUCUCCUCAGCCAUGAGGACUGCUACUUCCUGGACCAGGGAGGGGCAAAGAUCUUUGUAUGGAAAGGGAAAAAAGCCAACAAAGCUGAAAGACAGGCAGCCAUGUCCAGAGCUUUGGAAUUCAUGAAAUCCAAGAACUAUCCCAUCACUACGAAUGUGGAGACGGUGAACGACGGUGCAGAGUCUGCUCUGUUCAAGCAGCUGUUCCAGAGGUGGACCGUGAAGGACCAGACUCAAGGCCUUGGCAAAGUGAACACAAGGGGGAAAAUUGCUCACAUCUCUCAGGAGAAGUUUGAUGCCAGUUUGAUGCAUGUGAUGCCAGAGGUUGCUGCACAGGAGCGAAUGGUGGACAAUGGUACGGGACAAGUGGAGGUGUUUAGAAUUGAGAAUCUGGAGCUCGUCCCUGUGGAGCCUGAGAGUUACGGCUACUUCUACGGUGGAGACUGUUACCUGAUCCUCUACACGUACCUGGUUAACAACAAGCAGUGCUACCUGCUCUACAUAUGGCAGGGUCGUCACGCCACUCAGGAUGAAUUGGCCGCCUCAGCAUUUCAGGCUGUGAACCUGGAUCAAAAAUACGGUGAUGAACCAGUUCAAGUGAGGGUAACCAUGGGCAAAGAACCACGACACUUUAUGGCAAUAUUCAAGGGCAAAAUGGUUAUCUUCGAGGGGGGCACAUCUAGAAAAGGUUCUUCAGACCCCGAGCCACCCAUCAGGUUGUUCCAGGUCCACGGUUCAGACUCUUUCAACACAAAAGCCAUUGAGGUUCCAGCCUUGGCCACAUCUCUGAACUCUAAUGACGUGUUCUUAUUAAAAAGCCAAUCAGGAAUGUAUCUGUGGUGUGGAAAGGGGUCGAGUGGGGAUGAGAGGGCCAUGGCGAAGGAGGUCAGCAGAGUGAUUGGCCAGAACUCACAGAAAGGUACUGAGGAGAUUGUGGCAGAAGGUCAGGAGCCCAUUGAAUUCUGGGAGCUGCUUGGAGGGAAGGCUCCAUAUGCUAAUGACAAAAGAUUACAGCAGAACGUUUUGGACCAUCAGCCUCGCCUCUUUGAAUGCUCCAAUAAGACGGGACGUUUCAUUGUGACGGAGACAACUAAUUUCACACAGGAUGACCUCAGUGAGGACGAUGUGAUGCUGCUGGACACAUGGGACCAGGUGUUUCUGUGGAUCGGUAAAGACGCCAAUGAGGUGGAGCAUAAAGAAGCAGUGGUCACCAGUCAGGAGUACCUACGCACCCACCCGGGCUCCAGAGACCUUGACACCCCCAUCAUCCUGAUCAAACAAGGAUUUGAACCUCCCACCUUCACUGGGUGGUUCAUGGCCUGGGACUCAAACAAAUGGAGUGGAGGAAAAUCCUAUGAGGAUAUGAAGAAGGAGCUGGGAGAUGACAUAGCACCUGCCGUUAUCACAAAUCAGCAGCAGCAGCAGCAGAACUGUGCUGAGACUGAGAAAAACCUUCCGUCUUUUCCUCCUGAUGCAUUGAUCAAUAAAUGUGCCACGGACCUGCCUGAAGGAGUCGACCCGAAACAGAAAGAGAAACAUCUGUCUGACUCAGAUUUCAGCAGCGUAUUUGGGAUCAGCAAAGACGACUUUGUCACCCUGCCACAAUGGAAACAACUGAAACUCAAGAAAGAAAAAGGCAUGUUUUGAUGCUGUAUUUUAUUUCAGUCUGCAUUCCAAAUAAGCUAUUUCUAAUUUAAAAUGCAAAAAUAAUAAUAAUUCUUUCCUGGUUUUUCAAUCAGCAGUAUGAGAAUACUCUAAUAAUGUGUCUGUUCAUGGCAGCCUUCAAACAACUGUUGGAAAACAUAUUUUAACCUGUGAACACUGGCCACUGUCAAAUCAAAAGCUGUUGUAUAUU